AUGUCCCACGCGACGCCAUUGCUUUACUUGAAUCUGGGAGGCGAGAUGUUGUACGUUCUGCAACAGAGAUUGAAGGCUCAACACAUAGAACGUUACAAGACAGUACGAGUUUUGGAUGAUGUGAUCGCUGCCCUGUUAAAUCCAAAGGUGAUAACCAGUGUGUUGGAGACGACUGAGAUCCCCAGCAUCCCUUGUCUUCGAUCCACCCUGGAGUGCGUAGCUCUUUCUUCGAUAAUGAGGCUCGAUUCACAGAGUAUGGGGAAGUUGUUCGAUCUGAUGAUUACAAUUGUUAAGUAUCAAUUUACUGUAGUCACUGGACCUAGAGAACUGAUUUUAAUUACGCUCAACCACCUUGACUCGCUUCGAGAACUUGUCUGCGAAAAGAAUGCUGAAGCCUGCAUCGGAGUAGUUCAUGGACUGAUAACCGAUCUCUAUGGCAAUAUGACACAUGAGAAAAUCUGGCAAAUAAGAAAUGAGUGCCUUAGAGUACUGGAGCCACAUAAAAUUAGAGUUUCCGUACUCUUGAGGCUCGGUCUGCAGAACAAUGACACGACAUUCAACGUCACACCGCAGAGAUACAAUGAAAAGUAUUUGGAACAGCGGGAGAAGAUAAAGGAUUUGAAAAUAAAAGAUGUUCCCAAGAAACUUUGUGUAGGCUCCCUCGAUCCCUUCGGUGAUCGAGUAACUGUAUUGGGUAGAAAUAUAUAUUCCUCAUCGUAUGGUUCUUCAGAGAAACCUAUAGAAAACGCUAUGAGAACUCAGGAUUACGGAGUACAGGCAGAGCUAGGGAUGCUUGCGAUGCAGUUAGGAACCGAGGAGCCCAAAUUGCAAAGGCCCUUUAGCUUGAAUCUAUUUUCACAAGAGGAACGAGAUAAUAAAAACAGUAAAACAGAAAAUAAAGAAAUCACCAAGUGUCCACAAGAGGAAACAGAGUCCUUGAAAGACGAAAAGAUGAAACUGAACGAAGAGUACAAGUCGAAGCUUAAUAAUGCCUAUGGAGAAUUCCUCGAGGAAGAACGAGUUAAUUUGAAUCGUAGUAUGGAUUUACUAGAACUCCUCGAUGAGGUUGAGUAGACUAGAUUGAGCGUUUCGAUAUUACGAAAAGUUCAAAGAG